CCGCCUCUCAAGCGAGAGUUCAAUUGCCCAUGAUCAUUUGAAACAAACUUAGAUUUAAAUGGCAGUGACUGUGGGCUAUUGGGAUCUGCGAGGGUUAGGCCAACCGAUCAGGUUUUUGCUGCAAUACGUGGGCAUUGCCUUCACUGACGUGCGCUAUCGGAUCGGACACGACUGGACUGAUCCGGACCUCCGGGAGGACUGGCUGCGAGUGAAGUGGGAUUUGGGUCUCGACUUCCCUAACCUUCCCUAUUAUAUUGAGGGAGAGUUGAAGUUAACGCACAGCCGAACUAUACUGCGAUACUUGGGCUCAAAGCACGGCCUCUGCGGCCAAACGGACGCCGAAAAGACGAGAAUAGAUAUGAUUGAGAACUAUAUGGAGGACAUGAGGAACGACGGCCUCCGACACGUCGUCUAUUCACCCGUUUUUGAUCCCAAACUGGACUUCGAGACACUUAAAGCCGAAUACAUCUCCAAAAUGGGCUCUUAUUUCAGGGAAAUAUCAAACUUUUUGGACACUUUCGAGUGGAUGGCCGGCAAUCGUCUCACUUUCGUCGACUUCUGGUGCUAUGAAGUGCUCGAUUGGAACCGUCUUUUCCAAAGCGAUUGUCUCAAUGAAUGCCACAAUUUAUUACAAUAUAUGAAUCGCUUCGAGGCUUUGCCACCAAUUAAUAGAUAUAUAAAUAGCGAUCAAUUCAAUAGAUUCCCGAUAUUCGCGCCGUACGCUCGGUUUGGGGGUCAACCACAUCCCGAUUAACAAGCCGUACGUCUCACUGUUGCCUAUAGUUUAUAACUAUUUCAUUGAUUGCCAAAUGUUGUGAUUAAAUGAUAAAAUAUGAUAUAUUUUU